GCGUCUUUGACAGGGACGGUCAACGGUGCAGGGGUUCAGGGUUCGGCGGUGUGGCUCCUGCUGAUUGGCGCAGGGUACCUCUCUGAUCCGUACCCUCACUCCUGAGCAGCAGACCAUCAAUCGCCAAUGACGAAAUCUGGACGAAGUACCACAAUGUCUGGAAAUGCGGAAGUCGUGUUAUGUCUUGACAUUGGAAAAGACACUUUCGGAUUCUGCUUUGAAGCGCAGAGCCCUCAACCGUUCCGACCUCAAGGAGCCUACAACAACAACGAAAUCAUCGCCUUUCCAAUCGCGAUAGUGAGAAGAUACUACCACCAUGUCAGCUCCAGUACAGGCUGUGCUCGGUAGCGUUGGUAACUCUGCUCGAGUUGAACAAUUGUACGUUCUUUUCCGACGGAAUAGCAAUGUAGCACAAGUCUUCCCAAGCGCCCGCCAUCUGUUAUGGCAUUGAAGUGAUCCAAAUGGCCCAUUACUCGAACCACGCAGUUCACAGGAUGGAUGCACGUCCAGCACCGCAGCUUACACCGCGCAUCCACUAUGCCUCCGCCAUACGUGCAGAUCCUGCUUUGGCUGCAAGCUUAACAGCAUUUGUCAACGAAGGAUAUCGCUACUUCACUCCAGCUAACGAAGAACGGUGGGAUCGCAAUCUGAGCGAUCGACUAUCCUCCGCUGACUCCAUUCUCCGUGCCCUGGGCGACGAAGGGCUAUUCGCCGUAGCCUAUGACCCGGAGUUCGACAAGCCUGUGGCUUGUGCUGCGACCAAGAGAUGGGAAGCUGACCUCGAGGGUUUUGCAGAAGAGGGAGAAUCAGGGUGGGAGAUCAAGAUAGUCACAACUCACAUUGACUGGAAAAAGAGAGGGCUUGCAGGAAGCUGCGUGGAUGCUCUCAUUGAUGAGCUUGCAAGGCGGGAAAGUUCAAUGCGCAAUGGCGAGACCGCAGCAUCAUAUGGGCCAUUGAAUAUAUGGAUUCAAGCCGUUGAGUGCUUGAACGGUGCUUUCUGGAUGAAAAGGGGUCCGCGAUUGAUGAGAUCGUACAGCAAACCUAUUGGACACUGGGGCUCCAAGUACGGUUACCGACUGCUAGUCAUGCUGCAAGAGAUUGAUGUCGACGAACGAUUGUCGACAAUGUGUAAUAUCGGCACAUGACCUGAGGGCCCCGCGACUGUAUCCUGCUGCGACAACCUCCAAGCCAGGUCACGCGUGACCAUUAACAGUGGCCUGAAGAAUAUACACAGGAAGUGCCGAAGAGAGUCUCAUGAUGUCGGGUGCAGCUUCACCCUUUCAGGCAUCCUAACUCGAACGACGUCUGCCAAGCGCUUAAGUAUAAUCACACUAUUCACAUGCGGGUUGUACUAGUCAGGAUGUUGACCGUGCGACGUUGUCCAGACAGUGAAACCCACCACACAUAACAGGCAUAACCUUGAACAGGGCCUCUUCCCCCCUCAUUCAAAUGAUCCUGCUCUGUGAAUUCAAUCAUGCGAGCCAGUUCCACGCGUUACUUCAUACAUGUCGAUUCAUCAUCCUCUGGUCCCACAGCCGUU